UGUCAAUAAGAAGCUGUAUGCUUUUGGGGCUUUUUAUGUUUUCAAUUUCUUGAUAAAACUUAAAUGCCUAAUCAACUGUAUUUCACCCCACACAAAACUGACUGUCUACAUCAGCUUUCACCCUUAUUUAUCUUUAUUUUUGUGUUUUAUAGAUGUUUUGUCAUUAAAUAAGUUUUGGCGCUCUUUUGCUAAUCUUGCGAUAAUGACGUCACCCCUCCCGCGCGCUGCCUUUCUGAAGUUUUCUGACGCGAGACGCUUUUCCGAGUUUACGGAGUUUUCUGAGAUCUGCUCCUUCACUGAAGCUCCUUCCACUGCAAUUCACCAAUAAAUGCUGGAAUUUUCCCAUCAGCCUACAAGUGAAGACCAGCAUGAAACCAUCAAGAAGAAGCCUUAGUAAAAGAAACGACCGGAUGGAGGAGAAACAUCAUUGUGUCAAAACUGGAGAGAAAACUCACUCACAGACUGAAGGUAGUUGUUUACUGAAAAGAAGAGACAAGAACAGUUUCAUCUGCUGUCAGUGUGGAAAGAGUUUGACAUGUAAUAAAAGUCUCAAAGUUCACAUGCGGAUCCACACUGGAGAGAAGCCGUUCACAUGUGAUCAAUGCGGUAAGUGUUUUGCAGAAAAAAGAAGCCUUACGUUGCAUAUGAGAGUUCAUUCGGGGGAGAAGCCAUUCACUUGUGAUCAAUGUGGGAAGAGAUUUAGUUGCUCAGCACAUCUGAAAUCACAUGAAAGGAUCCACACUGGAGAGAAACCUUACACAUGUGAUCAAUGCGGAAAAAGUUUUUCACAACUGCGAAGUCUAAAAGAACAUAAGAAAAUACAUACUGGCGUGAGAGAGUACAUGUGCUUUGAGUGUGAGAAUACUUUUAUUACAGCUAGAAAUUUGAAACGACACCAGAUGAUCCACACUGGUGAGAAACCUUACAUGUGUUUACACUGCAACAAGAGAUUCAUUCGGUCAGAACAGCUGAAAACACAUGAAAGGAUCCACACUGGAGAGAAACCUUACAUGUGUUCACACUGCAACAAGAGAUUCAGUCAGUCAGAACAUCUGAAAAGACACCAGAUGAUCCACACUGGAGAGAAACCUUACAUGUGUUCACACUGCAACAAGAUAUUCAGUCUGUCAGGAGACCUGAAAACACAUGAGAGGAUCCACACUGGAGAGAAACCUUACAUGUGUUCACUCUGCAACAAGAGAUUCAGUCGGUCAGGAGACCUGAAAACACAUGAGAGGAUCCACACUGGAGAGAAACCUUACAUGUGUUCACACUGCAACAAGAGAUUCAGUCGGUCAGAACAUCUGAAAAGACACCAGAGGAUCCACACUGGAGAGAAACCUUACAUGUGUUCACACUGCGACAAGAGAUUCAGUCGGUCAGAACAUCUGAAAAGACACCAGAUGAUCCACACUGGAGAGAAACCUUACAUGUGUCAGGAGACCUGAAAAGACACCAGA